AUGCCCCCAAAGAAAGAUAAAGCACCUGAAUUGCCUAUUGUUGUGAUGGGUUCGGGUGCAGUUGGAAAAAGCUGUUUGGCUGUACAAUAUCAACAUUCGAUAUUUGAGGAACAUGACUAUGAUCCAACAAUAGAAGAUAAUCAUCGUAAGGAAGAAGAAUUAGCUGACGGAAGAACAUACUGUUUAAAUAUAAGAGACACAGCAGGAGAGCCUGAAUUUAUUGGAUUGUUGGAGAAUGCAAUCGAGGAAGGAGAGGGUUUUAUGAUUGUAUAUAGUAUUAUUGAUAAACGUUCCUUUGAGGAAGUUGUUGGAUUUAUGGAAUUGAUCCAGAAAAAGAAAGGUGGAGAGGAAGUGCCAAUUAUGUUAGUCGGAAAUAAGUGUGAUUGUGAAUCAGAGAGAGUAACAACUACAGAACAAGGACAAUCUCUGGCUAAACAUUAUGGAAUUACCUUCUUUGAAACCAGUGCAAAGACUGGAGAACAAGUUAAGGCUUGUUUCAUUUCUAUUGCUGAAAGAGUCAAGGAAAGUAUGCUUAAGAGUGGAAAAAUCAAGGAUAAGAAUUGUACUCUAAUGUAA